AUGGAGACCUGAAUGGAGAGGUGAGGAGGAUUCUGGGAAUAUCAUUUGAUGUGACUAUUUGUGUUCAGAUGUAGAGUUUUCCUCCUGUGAAGUCUGGAGAUCAUAUGACAUCACAUUGCCUCCACCUCCCUCCCUGAUAGAAGAGAGAAAGAAGAAGAAGAUUCUAGAAGUCACCAGAGAGAUCACUGAGCUGCUGACAGGAGAGGAGUGGGAGUAUUUAGAAGGACACAAGGAUCUCUACAAGGACGUCAUGAUGGACAAUCAGCCGCCCCUCACAUCACCGGAUGGAUCCAGUCAUGGGAACCCACCAGAGAGAUGUCCCCGUCCUCUGUAUUCCCGGGAUUCCACACAGGAAGGUCACACCAUCCCUCACCAUCAUCAGAGUGGAAUCCUCGAUGAUUAUAUUAUUGUUGUUAAAGAAGAGUAUAAAGAGGAGGAUGAGGAGUAUGGAGUGAUGGAGGAGUUUUCAGAAGGACACAAGGAUCUGAUGGAGCCACCUAAUACCAGGAACCCACCAGAGAGAUGUCCCCAUCCUCUGUAUUCCCGGGAUUCCACACAGGAAGGUCACACCAUCCCUCACUAUUACAAGAGUGAAGAUCUGAUAAAUAUAGAAUUUGAGGUGAAAGCAGAAGAAGAAGAGGCGUAUGUGAGGGAUGAUCAGCAGUCUAUGGAGGAGGAUGGAAUAAAACGGGGACAUUUAUAGAGGAGGACACUCCUACAGAGAUCAGCACAGGUGGGUCAUGAACACUAAAUCCAUUCCUCCACCCAUACUGCUCACUGAUUGGUCCAGAGUAGGGCGGGGACUGGGUGAUAUCAGCCUGUA